CGAUGGUACUGCGAAAAAAACAAGGUGCCUGACAAUACGAAGGUGAUUCUGCCACCUGUCCAGUAUAACACCCAAAGAUACUGUUGCGAUUUAGUUAUUCGAUUUUCGGCUUUGUUGCAAAUCGGUGGUGCGAUUUGAUCUUCAUGUGUUCGCAUUUCGGUGUUCAGUGAGCGUUUUUCCGUUGGUUUGUGCAGCUUUUCCUAUUGGAAUUCAGUCAAUAUGGGGUUGGACUUUACUGAGGGACAAGGAGAAGAUUUCGAGCGGGCGUUAGAGAGUACUGGAUUUGGACGGUUCCAUUUUUCGCUGCUGGCAGUAUGCGGCCUUAUAUACCUAAACACAGCGGUUGGUAUCACGAUCAUUUCCUUCGUGCUACCAUCCGCAACUUGCGACUUUCAAAUGUCGUCAUCGGACAAGGGAUGGCUAACGGCCGCACCUAUGUUUGGGAUGGUAAUUGGCUCAUAUUUCUGGGGCUGCCUGGCUGACACCAAGGGCAGGAAAACCGUCCUGAUUGGUGCUUUAAUCAUGGAUGGAAUCUGCGGACUUUUAUCGAGCAUAUCGCAGGUUUAUUGGCUGUUCAUGUUCCUGCGGUUUCUAAACGGCUUUGCUUACUACACGCUAAUGAUCUGGUUUCCCGAGCUGUUCUACCGCUUUGAGGAGUUCGAAAACUUUUACCCGAACAAGAAAGCCACUGUAUGUGAGGUUUCGUCAGUGGUGGUGCCCCGGAACUUUACUGCCGGCCAUGGGGAGUUUUGCGGCGAUCCGAUAGCCGAUUCCGUGUUCCUGCACACCUUGAUAAUCGGCCUGGCCUGCAUCCCGACCAGCUUUUGGUUGCCGCUGUGCGUCCACCGAUUGGGGGCUAAAUUUUUCUUAGUCUUCAGCUUGUUGGUGGCCGGAUCAGUCACCAUUGGCCUAUACUUUGUCAAUUCCACAAACUCUAAUCUGGCUUUAUCGUGCAUCUUUGAGGCGCUGACCAGCUUAGGGAUCAGUACUGUGUACUGCGUCAUGGUGGACUUGUUUCCCACGAAUUUAAGGGUGAUGGCAGCGGCUCUAUCGCUCACCUUUGGAAGAGGUGGUGCCUUGGUGGGGAAUCUCCUGUUCGGUUUUCUCAUCGACUUGAACUGCGUGAUUCCCAUCGUGCUCUUCGCCGCCAUGCUUUUCGGCAGCGGUCUGCUUUGCCUGUUGCUGCCCAACACUGGAAGUGGAGCCCUGGAUUGAGAGUGGGGCCCAGUAGUGAUUCACCUUUUUCCAUCGCGUGUGAGAUCAAAUAACGAACAAACGACCACAUAAAGUGCCAGUGCUACUUACGUGUCUCUUGCAGCUUGGUGGUCUUGAUGGUAUAAAAAGUACGGUAGAUUUUUCUCAAUCUAGCAGUUACUCAAGCAAAUAGUCUGAAAAACCGGGCUUCAAGAGGCGCCGCUUUCGCGCAUCAUCAUAAGGCAUCUAUUUUUGUAAAACGCAGUUUUUAGACGUAUCGGUUUACAUUUAUUUGGCAACUCACGGUAUUUUUAUGUGAUAUUACAUUGUACAUUUUGUAAAGUACGCAAUAAGUAAUGCGUUGGAUCGGUGCUGCCACAAUCAGGGAAACAUGUUCACCUUUGAGUAAGGAGACGAAUUUUUCGAAAUAACCAUUCAGCAAAUUCCCAUACGGACGAAUUAAAUAAACUAUUGUAAAACGUGAUAAAGCAACAACGAUUCCUUGAAAUUUAUUUCAUCCAGCUCAUUGUGUCUAGCUAGACUUUGAGAAAGCGUUGAGCAACCCGCAACUUUGUGCCGUAGUCAUUUUUUUAACUGGGCAAAAAAACUUAGUAAUAAGACAGUUUUAAAAAACGUGAGCUGGCUGAAUGUACCAAACUUUUAUUUUAAGGCAUCACAUUUCCUCUCUUGGAAUUUGAACAUUUUUAACACGUAAUUAACGCUGUAAUUACAAUGGAAAAUCUUAUCUAGGGCCCAAAUCUGAUUUUACUUUGCCAACAUACAAAGUGCCUCAGCAAGGUUACUAUUUUAAAUGGCUAGAUAAACAUAGACUAGUAUUUAUGGAAUGAUAAACUAUAGACUUAAUACUGUACAAAUGUUAGUGUACUUAUUUUAUUAUUACCAUUAUUUUGUUGUUUUAGGGAACUAUUUAGCUACGAUCAGAAUAAUUGCCCUCUAUUACCAAUAGAGGAAUAAAAUUGUUUUGUUA